AUGACAAAGAAAUCGCAAAGACGAGCUGUGCGGUAUGAGAAAGAUAAAUCUGGCUGUAUGUGGGGAUUUAUCAGUAUGUUUGAUUUUCGCAAUGGUCACUCUACUCGGAAGUUGAUUGCAGAUAAGAGGCGAAGUAGUAAGCAUUCGGAUGGUGUUGUUCAUUCGAAGAAUAAGUUCGAGGUGUUGAACGAUAUAGAUGAAGUUUGUCAAGGAAAUUUUGACAAUGGAGAGAGUAAAAGACUAACAGUGAGAACUAUUGUUAAUAAGCCUAGUGUGAAGAAACUCAUAGAAGAAGAGAUGUUCACCGAUCGAAAUGCAGGGAAGGAUAUUAAUAAUUCUGAAAGGCGCAAAAUCUUACUGAAGUUAGAUUCUAAAAGAAAAAAGAAAUCUGACGAGAAAAAGCGUGAUAUGACCGAUGAUUUAAAUUUGGACGCAACAUCGAAAUCUGAAACUUCGCAUCGUCAGCACUCGAGGAAGCAAUCUAAAGAUAGUCUUGAUCUGGAUACAAUAAUCGAAGAGUUUUGUAAUCUAAAAGGUAUUUGUUCGAUGAUGCAUGGCAAUGACGAAGAAGUAGAAAAGCAUGCACAGCCUAACCAGAAACAGAAGCAUGCUGUUUCCGAAAAAUGUUCAAGAGAUGCUAUUCGUGAAUUUGUGAACCAGAUGAUGUUGAAUGGUAAAGAUCCCGUGGAAGCUAGAAAGUUUCUUUUCUCCGAUGAACUAAUGGAAGCACUUCAGCUUAUAAGUUCGGAUAAGGAACUGUUUCUUGCAUUUCUACAAAAUCCAAAUCCACUUGUAUUGAAAUGUGUUCAAGAGUUUGAGAAUUCUCAACGGGCGAACGAGAAUAACUCUGAACAAGAUCACGGCGAUAAAGAACAAACUAACGAGAUUGUCAACCACAAGAAGCAUAACUUUUUCAGGAAAAAGGCGAAGUCUCAAUCGAAAAAUUCAACAAAUGAAAACGGAAAUACCAACAUUUCAAAUAGGAUUGUUAUUCUAAAGCCAGGUUCCGUUGGAUUGGAAAAUUCCGAAACUGGAAACAACCUUGCCUCGUGUCUAGAAUCUCAUGAUAACGCCAAGUACAACGGUCCUUCUAUGAGAGGAAGUUCACAUUUUUCUCUUACCGAGAUAAAAAAGAAAUUAAAGCAGGCUAUAGGAAAGGAGAGACAUGGAAAAAACUUCGGUAAAGACAAUGUUGGAAUGAGAUCUCCUAAUAAAGAUCAUUUCUUCAUCGAAAAAAUCACAAGACCUAUGACUGUUGUUACUAAAGGAGACAAAACCGGUACAAAUAAAGAUUCAGAAGCGGUUGUAGAUUGUGAAAAGGGUGUUUACUCCAAACAAGGUGUUUCGAAUUUAUAUAUCGAGGCUAAGAAACAUCUUUCUGAGAUGAUAGGAAGUGAAGAUGAGAACAUGGACUUGUCAAGUAGACAGAUUUCCAAAACCCUUGGAAGAAUAAUAUCUUUUCCCGAUUACAACUUUUCGCCAUUUGGUAGUCCUGGAAGGAAUUGGGAGGACCGUUUUGUGACUGCAAAGACAAGACUCCGUGAUGAAAGCUUUAACACUAAAUCACAAGAAAUUAAGCCAGACUCGAAUUUCUCAGACGGCCUAGUUCAUGUCGAUAAAGAGGAAAACUGUGCUCCUGUUAGAGACGAGAUAGUUACCGAAGGUGAUGUAGAAUCUGUGAAAGAGAUAACUAUUUUAGAAUCUUCCUUAGAACUAGUUGGCCUCAGUACAGAAAAUGAGGAUGAAAGCGAUGAUAUCUUAGAAAUUUCGGAUAAUACAAAAUGUUCUAAAUUUUUGGCGCAGGAUGUAACAGAAGAAAACCAAUCAUCAUCUCCCUCCGAUUCGUCAAUCACUACGAAAACUAAAGAACAAGAGAUUAUCUCCGAUGUAUCAGGACGACCAAGUCCGGUGUCUGUUCUUGACGCGCCAUUCUUAGAGGAUGAUGCCAGCUCCGGGAACUCCAAAUGUGCACCUGCUGAAGUAUCGAUACGUCCACUACAUGUUCAAUUUGAAGAACAACAUUCUUCUCUUGUGAAUCAAAUCAGAAGAGAAAAAUAUUGUAUCGAAGAAAACGAAUUGAUAUGUGAUUACAUCGAAGCAGUCCUGCAAGCCUCUGGGUUAACAAUAGAUCAAUUGUUGAUAAAAUGCCUUUCGUCGGACAAGAUGCUAGACCCUUCCUUAUUUGAUCAGGUAGAGUUAUCGCCAAACCAUCUUUGCCGUGAUCCGAAACUCCUAUAUGACUGUAUCAACGAAAUUCUCAUGGAGGUUUGUCGCGAUUACUUUGGUGCCUCGCCUUUUGUAUCAUUUGUAAGUCCUAUUAUAAAGCCAACUCCAAAUAUGAAAACGGUUAUUUCCAUGGUCUCGGAAGGAGUGUGUUGGUAUUUACUUUCCGUUCCCCCGCCACACACGUUGGACAAAAUUGUUAGGAAAGACAUGGAAAAACGUGGAUCAUGGAUGGAUCUUCGAUUUGGAGCCGAAACAGUUGGUUUUGAAAUAGGCGACGCCAUUCUAGCCGUCCUGAUGGAAGAUACAAUACUUGGCUGUGUAAGCAAUAACGAUGCCAAGAACAGCGACAAUGUUUAA